UCCUUUGCUCUUUCUACCUUGCACAUUCCAGCCCCCAGACAAUUUGGAAUCAUGAAGUGGGUGACAUUCAUUUCUUUUAUUUUCUUGGUAUGUUCUACUGAAUCAAAACAUCUGCCCAGAAGAUAUCGGGAUGUAGGUCCAAGCAACACCAUUGGGCACAGUUACUCUGAACUGCCAGAGGAGGACGACUUUCAAGGCAUUGUCCUCGUCUCAUUUGUUCACUAUGUGCCAAAUAUCACCUUUGAAGAUGUGGAAAAAAUGGUAUAUGACAUCACAGACCUUGGAAAGAAAUGUGCAGCUGAUGAACACGCCGUCCCAGAAUGCACAAAGUCUAUUGAUAUUCUUAUCCUAGAUGAACUCUGUCAUGAGCCAAAUAUUGCUGGAAAGUAUGCAUUUACUGAGUGUUGCAGUAAAGUUCAUCAGGAAAGAAAUGAAUGUUUCUUGUCGCACAAAAAUGCAACUCAGACAUCCUUCCCCCCCUUUGAACACCCAGAGGCUGAAAAGGGCUGCAAAGCGUUUCACGACAACAGGCUCAUCGUUCUGGGCCGGUUCCUGUUUGAGAUUUCCAGGAGGUAUGAAGACGCCAGUAUCCUGGCUCUCUUUGUCGCGGCUGCCAAGUAUGAGCAGGUUCUGCAAACCUGCUGCCAAGAAGAUGACAAGGCUGCCUGUUUCAAGGAAAAGGCAUCAGCUGUCAAACAACAACUGAAACAUACCAUUUUGGUGGAGAAGCAGAACUGUUUCAUCCUGAAGAAGUUUGGACCAAAAACCCUGCAAUCUUUGAAAUUUGUUCAGGUUGUCCAGAGAUUCCCCAAAGCUGACCGUUCAGUCUUGCAUAAUAUUACACGAGAUAUAGUUCACAUCCAUGAGGAACGCUGCCGAGGCGACACACUGGAGAGCCACCUUGACCAGAUGGCACUGACCAAGUUCCUCUGUGGGCACCAAGACAUUAUAUCGACUAAGAUAAGAGGAUGCUGUGAAGGGCCCCUGCUGGAGCGACCGAUAUGCCUUGCGACAACUGUCGAAAAUGACGACCCACCUGCAGAUUUGUCUCCAACAGUCCGGGAAUUUGUGAAUAACAAAGAAGUGUGCCAGAGAUAUGCUGAGAACCAUGACAAUCAUCUGGAAAGCUUUUUGUACGAGUAUGCACGGAGACACCAAAAUUUUUCGGCCCAGUUGCUCCUAAGAACUGAGAAGGGAUAUCAUGAUUUGCUGGAGAAGUGCUGUGGACUCGACGUGCCGGAAGAGUGCCUCAUUGAAGGGGAAGUUCUGCUCAGAAAACACAUUGCUGACACCCUGGAAGUAGUAAGGACCAACUGCGACCUUUAUGAAAAAUUGGGAGACUACCACUUCAAAAACGCGCUUCUUGUCCGCUACACCAAGAAAGCCCCACAGCUGGCUUUUAAGGAACUAAACGAGUAUGCAGACAGCCUGCAUCAUGUUGCUGCCAAAUGUUGCCAACUGGGUGAUGAUAAAAAACUGAUCUGUGCUGAAGGAGAUACGGCCUUUGUCUUAGGAAAUAUAUGUCUGUGGCAUCAACGCCAUCACAUAAACGGGCGGAUUUGCCAGUGCUGCAGCAACGAGUAUGCUUUCCAGCGGGAGUGCUUCAGCAGCAUAAAAGAAGACGAAAAAUAUGUCCCUGCCCCAUGCACUGCAGAACUAUUCCCCUUCCAUGAAGAUUUGUGCACACCGAAUGCUAAUGUGGAGAAGCCCAAGCUCCUUGUCAACCUGGUUAAAUGCAAGCCUGCUAUUACGGAAGAACAAAUGAAGGCUGUUAUCACAGAUUUUUAUGGAUUAGUGGCCAAAUGCUGCCAAGCUGAAAACCACGAGAGAUGCUUUCAAGAAGAGGGUCCAAAGUUGGUCGAACGGACUCAAGCUGCUUUGAGCUGAAAAGUCCUGCAACAGAGCCAAUGGGGACCAAAUCCAGCAAGCCCAGACACCCUUCUUUGGUCACUUUCCUGUAAUGUAUCAAGUUCCUGAUUCAAAGGGAAUGAAAUUAUUAUUUCUGUAACCAUCUUUCAUGAUAUUAAAUAAAACUUCUAAGCUAAA